AUAUAUAUAUAGCAAUAGACUUAAAGACAAUCCCUCAUCCGAAUCACAUUGAACUCUUUAUAUAUUUUCUUUAAUCUUCUAAGAUCUGGAGAAAAAUGGCUCAGCGUUACCACUUAUCCUCCCUCUUAGUACUUGCAUUUCUCAAUUUAUUUGCCAUUCAUGGAAGCAUAACUGGUGCCACUGCACGCCACCUUCUAGAGACUCCCCUCCCUGAGAUUCCUAAACGACUUCCGAAAGUUCCAACCUUGCCAAAGCCCGAGCUACCAAUUGUCCCAAAACCCGAGUUACCAGCUUUGCCAAAGCCUGAGCUACCAGCUGCCCCAAAGCCCAAGUUACCGACAUUGCCAAAGCCUGAAAUGCCAACUGUACCAAAACCCGAGCUUCCUGCUAUGCCGAAGCCUGAGAUUCCAGCAAUGCCGAAACCCGAGUUUCCUCCCUUGAAAAAGCCAGAAAUUCCAGCAGUGCCGAAGACUGAGGUUCCACCAACUAUGAAAAAGCCUGAAGUUCCAGCUGUGCCAAAGCCUGAGAUUCCGACUAUACCAAAGCCAGAAAUUCCAGAACUACCAAAGCCAAAAGUCCCAGAGCUUCCAAAGCCUGAAGUUCCAGCUGUGCCAAAGCCUGAGAUUCCGACUAUACCAAAGCCAGAAAUUCCAGAACUACCAAAGCCAAAAGUCCCAGAGCUUCCAAAGGUAGAAGCCCCAGUUGUCCCAAAGCCUGAGAUCCCGGCUGUGCCAAAGCCGGAGAUUCCAGAACUACCAAAGCCAAAAGUCCCAGAGCUUCCAAAGCUAGAAGUCCCAGCUGUGCCAAAGCCUGGGAUCCCGGCUACGCCAAAGCCGGAAAUUCCAGAAUUACCAAAGCCAAAAGUCCCAGAGCUUCCAAAGCUAGAAGUCCCAGUUGUGCCAAAGCCCGAGAUCCCGGCUAUGCCAAAGCCAAAAAUUCCAGAAUUACCAAAGCCAAAACUUCCAAAGCUAGAAGUCCCAGCUGUGCCAAAGCCUGAGAUCCCGGCUAUGCCAAAGCCGAAAAUUCCAGAAUUACCAAAGCCAAAAGUCCCAGAGCUUCCAAAGCUAGAAGUCCCAGUUGUGCCAAAGCCUGAGAUCCCGGCUAUGCCAAAGCCGGAAAUUCCAGAAUUACCAAAGCCAAAAGUCCCAGAGCUUCCAAAGCUAGAAGUCCCAGCUGUGCCAAAGCCUGAGAUCCCGGUUAUGCCAAAGCCAGAAAUUCCUGAACUACCAAAGCCAAAAGUCCCAGAGGUUCUAAAGCCAGAAGUCCCUAUUGUGCCAAAGCCUGGAAUCCCGGAACUACCUAAACCAAAUUUUCCUUCCCUUUCUCCACCACACAAACCCUCUGCUCCUUGAGUAAAUUAUAUGCUACUGUCUCUCCAUUACAAAGUACCCAACUGAUGUUUUGGAAUUUCCAUCUCAGUCUAUGAAGUUUGCAGCAUAUGGGCCAUGACAUGGAGAUGUUUGGCAUAACACAUUGGAUACUUUCUUGUAGGAGUAGAAAUUGUAAUUCUUUUAUAGUAUUUGAAUUGGAUGUACCAUGUUUGACUUUUUAUUAUGCUAUAUGAGUGUUUUAUAUGCUUUUUACAUAUACCGUGUAAUAAAGCUAAUGAUCUAUGCUACUUUUCUUUAGUUUCUAUCAUUAACCAUCCCUGUUUAUCCAACAA